CACUUCUGCUCUCCGACCGCAAGUUUGGGCGUUUUCCCUCCCGGUUGCUCCCGUUCAUCACUCCCGGGACAUUUCACCAAAGAGACAGCAGUUUAACGGCGCGCGGUCGGCCCUCCUGUCUCCGGUUGGCAGCCGGUAUUGUUCCUUUCUUCCCCGGCAGCGGAGCUCAACGGAACCCGGGAGCAGAGCACUUUCCAGCGGACCGGUGAACUCCACCGACUGAGUCCAUGCGGGUCCCCCAGCACAGACUGUGCAGUGGGGGCUGAUCUGGGCUCAGUCUGCUGUGUGAGUGUCUGCGGUCAUGAAGCUGCCCUGCUCCCUCUACUGCUCCCUGUGGUUCCUCCUGCUGCUGGGAGCCGGAUCCCUGCUGCUGCUGGUCCGCCUGCAGGACCUCAGCGAGACGGUCCAACACCAGACUCCAGGUGUUAAUGUGCUGGCGGCUCCCAGGUGGCCGGUAGAGAAGGACCGUCUGGUGACGGACAGCUCAGCUGCUGCCGAGCAGACCGAAGACGGCGUUGCUGCAGCAAACUUUAAAGUCUCGUCUCCGUUUGAAGACUCGUCAGUCGGCUCCAAACAGCCCGUCACCAAACGUCACAGAAAGCUCCUUCUGAAGAGCAGCGUUGCAGCUUCCAGCGCCCCCGCCGGCCGUCAGGAGCGGCAGCAGCAGCUGGCGAGGACGCAGGAGUCCCGGCGCCGCCUGCUGGCCAGCGUCUGCACCAAAUACCAGCCAGGUGUUACCGAGUGGCGUGUCUCUCAGCGGCAGGUGUCCCGGGUUUACGUGGAGGAUCGAUCCCAGCUGCUGUACUGCGAGGUCCCCAAAGCCGGCUGCUCCAACUGGAAGCGGGUGCUGAUGGUGUUAGGCGGCAGCGCCACCUCCACGCAAGACAUUCCUCACGACGCAGCACAUUACGGCAACCACCUGCGGCGGCUGGAGAGCUAUGACCGCGCUGGCAUCACAGAGAGACUGCGCUCCUACACCAAGGUGUUGUUCGUCAGGGAGCCCUUCGAGCGGCUUGUGUCUGCGUUUCGGGACAAGUUUGAGAGUCCAAACUCGUACUACCACCCUGUGUUCGGACGCCCGAUCAUCUCCAGAUACCGCGCUAACGCCACACGCACAGCCCUGCGCACCGGCGCUGGCGUCACCUUCAGGGAGUUUGUCCAGUACCUGCUGGAUGUGCGGCGGCCGGUGGGGAUGGACAUCCACUGGGAGCCCAUCAGCCAGUUGUGCAACCCUUGCCUCCUCAGGUACAACUUCAUCGGGAAGUUCGAGAGCCUGGAGGAAGAAGCCAACUUCCUGUUGCAGACCAUUGGGGCACCGAGGAACCUCACCUUCCCCGACUUCAAAGACAGGAACCCGCUGGCGGAGAGGACUUCUUCCACAAUCACCCAGAGGUACUUUGCACAGCUGAACUCCACAGAGCGGCAGAAAGCCUUCGACUUCUACUACAUGGACUACCUGAUGUUCAACUACCCCAAACCCUUCAAAGACCUGCACUGACCACACUCACAGCCCUUCAUCACCUCCAAUCAAACACUCAGACUGAGGCCCAUAAUGCACUGCAGCGCUGUCAUAUUGAACACCUGACAGUGAGUCCUGGGUGUCCACAGUGCUGUUGGUCCCUCCGAGCGACUGAGACAAGUUUGAACUCGUACUACCAACCUUUGUUCGAUGCCCGGUCAUCUCCAAAUACCGCACUCACAGACCUUCAUCUCCGUUUCUACUCACCUUCAUUUUUCUUUCAGGUGCUCAGUUUGUGAUAAUGCACUGCAGUGCUGCUGUAGUCCUGGCUGUUUACCCACAAUGUAGCUGAAGAACCCUCUGAGCUGCCGGGAUGUUUUAUAUGCUGCACACUGGCUUUAAAUAUGCAUUAUAGUCGUCUUCAGAGUGACUUUAUCUCACUGCUUUCUUUCUAUUUCUGUCAUUAACAGACGAGUGAGUCGACUCAUCUCAGCAAUCAGACAUGAAGAAGAUCUGAGGCCGUAUUACAGAAACUUUAUGAAGUUAAAAUAAGAUCCAUCAGAUUUAUCAGUUCGGUGUCACAGAAGUAAAUUAACUAACUUUAAUCUGAUCUUAUCUUAGGUUAGUAAAUCACUACAAAUGAACCACAAUAUAUGGAUACGUCCGCUGCCGUCUUGACUACCUGACUAUACUGCAGUCAGCCACCAGGGGGAGAUAGAGAGAGAGAGAGAGAGAGAGAGAGAGUCUAUACUGCAGUCAGCCACCAGGGGGAGAUAGAGAGAGAGAGAGAGAGUCUAUACUGCAGUCAGCCACCAGGGGGAGAUAGAGAGAGAGAGUGUAUACUGCAGUCAGCCACCAGGGGGAGAUAGAGAGAGAGAGAGAGUCUAUACUGCAGUCAGCCACCAGGGGGAGAUAGAGAGAGAGAAAGAGAGAGAGAGAGAGUGGGUUAAGAUGGCGACACUGUCUGAGUGGAGUAAGCAAACACUAGAAAACACUGCUGGAAAAGUGAAUGUUGUUAUGUUACGUUAUGAUGAAUCCUGUAUUAGGAUAGGACCAUUGAUGACUGUAGUUACCAUGGUUACCAGACCGUUAAGAUAGGAGGUUUCUGUAAUACGACUGCUGGAGACCAACUCUGAUCCACACUUAUAAUAAUAAUAUAUAUUAUUAAUAUUCAUUACUCUUUUGUUGAUGAAUAAUUUUGUCCUGAUGAGGUUUAAAACCUAAAUAUAUUCAGUUUACUGUGAUUUAACACAGAGGAACGCAAUCAAUCCUCCCACAGUGGUAAUAAAACUCGAUGUAUGUAUAAUAAGAGCCCCGACCCGGAGUCCGAGUCCUGGUUCUGCUAUCUGCUCGACGGGAUCCGGUUCACAUUGAUACUAAUAUAUUUAAUUUGGGUUUAUUUGACUGAUGACAGGAAAUUAAUUUAUCUUUGUCCCUCAGAGUCUUAUAAUACUUUAUCUUCAUCUUUCUGCCUUCAGUUCCUUCUGACUCAUCACUUUAUGACUUCUGUGAAGUUUAUUUUAAAUGAAUCUCAGACUGCGUCGACAUUAAACCUCCUCACAGACACACAAACAAUAAAAAUACAGUUUGAAUCUGAAACUGAGAGAAAAGUUGAAGCUGUUUGACGCAGUUUGUUUAAAGACUUUAAUCUUCAUCAUGUGGUAUGAAACUAAACUGACUGAAAGAAGUGAUGAACUGAUUUCUGCCUUCCUGAGAGUGACGUCUGUCUGUCAGUACAGAUUAAUGUACCUCAAAGCCUUAACACUGCCAUUUCACCUGAUGCAUUAUGGUUGUUUAAUGUCGCUGUGACCACAAAUAAACGUGUUAGACUGUUGUUAAUAAUAACAUCUGCUUUUAUCCAGUAACUCAACAGGAAGGAUUUCCCAAAUAAAACUUUUGAACAUUAACAA